CGUCGUAUAUAAAGAUCGUCAAGAAUCCUCCGAUUCUGCAACUGUCCCUGUGCUGUAGAUAGCUGCUCAACGUAGUCCUCAGCCUUGACCUUCUCCAUCAAGCCACCCGAAAGCGGAAGGCACCUUGAAACUCUAAUCACAGCUUGCUCCGACGUCACCAGCCCAUUCGACCUCUCAAACCCCCAAUCAACAUCAAAAAUCCCCGUCCUACUCAAGCACCAAAAUGGCCGAACUCAACUGCUACCUCAUGACCUUCAACUGCGGCCGCACCCUCGUCGACACCAACUUCUUCGCCGCCCACUUCUUCCACGGCCUGCAAACCAACCUCCCACCCGACUUCAUAGUCCUCUGCCUCGAGGAGAUCGCACCCAUAGCCCAAAGCUUCCUCGGUGGCUCCUUCUUGACGCCUUACUUCACGAGACUCACGACGACGAUUCAUGUCGCGGCGGCGCAGCGAUUCGAGCUUGAGGACGAGUAUGUGCGCGUGCUGGUGCGCAAUGUGGGCAUGACUGCUUUGAUGGUGUUUGCGAGGAAGAGUGUGGUGGAGAAGAUUCAGUGGAUGGAGACUGCGGGUGUUGGAGUCGGAGUUUGGGAUAUGGGAAAUAAGGGGGCUGUGGGAGCGCGAUUGGGACUGCAGAUGACGGAUGGUGGGGAGCAGACGGUGGUGACGUUUGUCGCGGCGCAUCUGGCUCCUAUGGAAGAUGCGUGGCCGCAGCGGAACGAAGAUUGGAAGAAGAUCUGCGAGGCGCUUGUGUUUGGGAAGGAUGAGAUUGAGAACCCGACCCGAAGCCACGACGGAGCGGAGACGGAGCCACUGCUGCAAGCAUCUUCCGACUCGACGUCCUGCCUGUUCUCUCCCAUCUCGCACAUCUACUUCUCUGGCGAUCUAAACUACAGGACGUCUGAUACUCCACCACCCAAAGUCGCGGACACCGACAACUGGCCACAGCCUGUUGACUCGGUCGAUGACAUCCACCACUACGGCCAUUUCCUCGAGAACGAUCAACUCACGCGCGAACGGCGCAAAGGCAAUACUCUUCACCACCUCGCCGAAAGCGAAAUCGCAUUCCCACCGACGUACAAAUACUCAGGCACGGCGCAAAAGAAUGCCACUCGAGCCGGCCUGAAGCAAGAAGUAAACGAAGAUUCCGCGUGGUUGUGGGCGACACAUCGAUUUCCCUCCUGGUGCGAUCGCAUCCUCUACCUCGAAGCAGCCCCACCCACCGUACGCUCAUACACGGCUCUACCUGUACAGCCGACAAGCGAUCAUCGGCCCGUAGUGCUCUCUUUUGCGAUUCCAUUGCAGCCUUUACCAAAAACAGCGCAAAACAUCGAGGCGCCGUUUCCAAUCAAGAAGGACUGGAAAGAAGCACGGGCUGCCGCAAGACGGUAUGAGCUGAUUGUCGGGUUUGCCGCUUAUCUCAGUCUGACAUGGGAGGGAGAAGCACUUCUCGCCGGCACUUUCAUCGGACUCCUGGGAGGCUAUGUCGCUCUGCGCGCUCUAAUAGGAUCAUGAUAUACGCAAGAAUGAUGAACUCCGCAUUGAUUACGAGAUAU